AUGGUCGAUCGCCAUGACGGUGCAAUUGACGGCGACAGCGGCGACGAGGACCAGCCUCUCAUGACUGAAUCGGAACGACGCCAAGCCACAGGCGGCACGGACGGGGAUAUCGAUAACGGGAUCCAUGUCGGCGGCGGAGCUUCGCGCGGGCGCGGACCUGCCAAUGCCCAGGAUGCCCCGACCGUGAGCCAUCCCGACGACCGCCAUCACCCCGACGCGCCCCUCGACAGCGACAACACUCUCCACGUCGAGGACGACGACAGCGAUCCCCCGACGCCGCGCUUCGUGCAAGACGAACAUGCCUGGAAGCGCUGGAAGUGGGUGCCAUAUCCCGUCCGCCGCCUCAUCCGGGCCGUUCGCAAGUGGUCCAAGGGCCCGCCCAACGCCCAGCCAUAUCGCAUCAAACCCUUGUUCCCGGUCGUGCAAGAGUAUCCGCUGUGGCUCGUCGAGCGCUUUCUGCCCCGACGCAAACAACGCGCCUGGCUGCUCUUCUUCUUCUUCUCGAUAUGGCUGAUCGCCUUCGUCCUGGUCAAGCGCAAGGAGACCAUUGUCAGCGAAAUCGCUGGAUGGGGUGCGCCGCAGGCCAUCGGAUGCGGCACCUCGUAUUGGGACGCCGGAAACGAGUGUGGCAUCGAUGGCAGCCAGUGCCGGCCUUUUGCUGACAGCGGAUUCGCAUUUCGCUGCCCUGCGAGCUGUGACAAGUACCUGGUUCUCAACCCGCGCGCCGUGGGAGACCAGGAGGUCAUAUAUCAGCCUCUCGUCGUCGGCGGGCCGUCCAACGACGUGCACCCCGAACUCGCCACGUACCGUGGCGAUUCCUUCAUCUGCGGCUCGGCCAUCCACGCGGGUCUCAUCACCAACAAGAAAGGCGGCUGCGGCGUCGUGCAGCUCGUGGGCCGGCAGCAAGACUUUGUCGCCUCGCAGCGCAACGGCUUCACGAGCGUCGGCUUCGACUCGUACUUUCCGCUGUCAUUUCAAUUCCUGCCUGGAGUUGACUGCUCAUCCAGCGAUACCCGGUGGUCGCUCUUCGGCAUCUCACUGACCUUCACCAUUGUGCUAUCACUGUUCACGGCCUCGCCAGCGCUCUUCUUCUUUCCCGUCUUUACCGGGAUAUUCUGGACCGUCGGCAUGGCGCUGGAUCCGCCGACGGCUAAGACCGUUACCGCGCUCUUCUCGAACGUGCUGGGCAAGUUUAUCCCUGCCGCAUUCACGUCAUGGGUUAUUUUCGACAAGAUGGGCGUACGCCGCACGCUCACGGGGUUGACAGCCCAGGUCGAAAAGACGGUCCUGUGGCUGGGAGGCUGCUGGGUCGGCGCAAUGACAAACUACACACUCGACUUCAUCCCGAUCCAGCGACUCACUGCGCAUGAUCUGAACCAGCAGCCGGGCGCCAAGGCAGCGUUGGCCAUCAUCAUCAUUCUCCUCGUCGUCAUUGUUGCGUUCCAGGUGUGGUUUUUCCGCAUGGAAGCACGGUUCCGAAAGUACAUCAAGCUUUACCUGGUAUUCUUGCUCGGCAUCGUCAUAUCUCUCUUGCUGCCGGGGCUCAAUCUGCGCAUCCACCACUUCGUGCUUGCGCUGUUGUUGCUGCCCGGAACCAGCAUGCAGAUGCGGCCCUCGCUCUUGUAUCAGGGCCUCCUCGUUGGGCUGUUUAUCAACGGCAUCGCACGCUGGGGCUUUGGCCCGUUUUUGGAAACAGAUGCGGCGCUGCAGGGCGACGCGCAAAAGGGCACGCUGCUUCCGACCGUUCACGACCCGAUCAUUCACCUUAGCAACAACACUGCGGCGCUCUCCAACAUUACUUUCAGCUGGGAGGUGCCCGAAGCGAAGCGGUACGAUGGCAUCAGCGUUCUUGUCAACGACGUGGAGCGCUUCCGCUCCUACUUUGGCGACGAGGACGAGAAGAAGGAAUUCGUCUGGUCCCGGAAUAGCACGCUAGACCUGCCCGAGUAUUUCCGGUUCGCACUCAUGAGCGGCAGCGAUAGCGGCGACUAUACAAAGGCCGGGACGUGGACGGCGGGCGGCGACUGGAAGAAGAUGCAGCCCGGGCCGUCUCGCGUGAAGGCUCGGAGUGCUAUAGAGGGGGAGGGCAGGCUGCGGCGAUGA